AUGGUUGAUAUUCAAUGUAAAGCAGAAACAUUGGCUAUGAAAGGAUUAUUUCUUAACCAUAUGGAUAGAAAAGAAGAAGCUCACGACUUUAUACUUAAUCCAGUUAAUUGGAUAGGCUGGCAUGUAUAUGGCUUAUUGCAUCGAUCUGAUAAAAAUUAUGGUGAAGCCUUAAAAUGUUAUACCAGAGCUUUGAAAUUUGAUAAGGAUAAUAUGCAGAUUCUUCAAGAUUACUCUCUUCUUCAAAUUCAAAUGCGAAAUUAUGAAGCUUUUAAUGAAUCAAGAAUUCAUUUAUUAUCUUUAAGGCAAAGUAAUCAAAGGAAUUGGAUUGGACUGGCAAUAUCUUAUCAUUUACUUGAGAAUUAUGAAACAGCAGAAAAGGUUUUGAAAAGUUAUGAAGAUACAUUAAAGGAACAUAGUUUAACGAGGUUUGAACAUAGUGAAACACUAUUGUACCAUAAUUUUAUUAUAGAGGAGAGUGGUAAUUUUGAAGCAGCAUUAGUUCAUCUAGAUUUUAUAAAAAAUAAAGUUUGUGAUCGUCGACUUUGGAAAGAGAAAAGAGCACAAUUUCUUUUAAAGUUGGAUAAAUUGCAAGAAGCAGUAGAAGCAUAUGAAGAUUUGAUUAAUGAUAAUCCUGAUUGUUAUGCAUAUUUUGAAGGAAUACUGGAUUCCAAAGGGCUAAAUAAUAAGGACCCAACACUUGAACAAAGAAAUGAAAUCUUGGAUUUGUUUAAAGAAUUGGCCAUUAAAUAUCCAAAAUCUAAUGCAAUUAAAUAUUUUCCUUUAAAUUAUGCCAUUGAUGUCACUUUUAGAACAAUGAUAGAUGAAUAUAUGCAAAUAGCUAUCCGGAAAGGUGUUCCUUCAUUAUUUGUAAAUCUUAAAAAACUCUACACUGAUCCACAAAAAGAAAAAAUUAUUGAGGAAUUAAUAGAAGAAUAUUAUCAAAAUUUAAUGAAUCAUGGUGUUUUUACUCAGAGUGGAACUACUGCUAGUGAUAUUCGGGAACCUCCAACAGCAUAUCUUUGGACACUUUAUUUGCUUGCACAGCAUUACAACUACAAACGUGAUGUUGUAAAAGCUCUUAAAUUUAUCAACGAAGCAAUUGAUCAUACACCUACUUUAGUUGAACUAUAUAUGACAAAAGGUCGUAUCCUCAAGCAUGGAGGUGACAUUUCAGAAGCAAUGAAGGUUAUGAAUGAAGCUCGUGAACUUGAUCUUCAAGACAGGUUCAUUAAUUCAAAAUGUGCAAAAUAUAUGCUCAGAGUUGAUCAAACUGAUGAAGCAGAAAAAACAAUUGGUUUGUUUACUAGAGGCGAUGCACUAGAUCCACUAACAGAUCUUAUUGAUAUGCAAUGUAUGUGGUUUGCACUUGAAGAAGGUGAAUCCUAUAUGAGAAGGAAUAAAUUAGGUAAAGCUUUGAAACGGUUUCAUCAAAUUGAAAAGCACUUUGCUGAUAUAACUGAUGAUCAAUUUGAUUUUCAUACAUAUUGUUUGCGUAAAGUCACUCUUCGUGCAUAUUUCAGUAUUUUACGUUUGGAGGAUCAAUUACGUUCUCAUCCUUAUUACUUUUGUUCUGCACAAAAUGCUAUAAAGAUAUAUCUUAAAUUAUAUGAUAGCCCAAACAUUGCCUCUUCCACCAAUAUGACUGAAGGUGAAAUCAAAAAAGCAAAGAAUAAGGCCAAAAAAGCUGCAAUAAAAGCACAACAGGAAGCUGAAACAAAAAAAGCCCUGGCGAAAGAAGAACAAAGCAAAAAAAAGAUUGAAAAACCACAAGAUGAUGAUCCAGAGGGUGUGAAGUUUCUUAAGACUGAAAAUCCCUUAGGAGAAGCCUUCAAAUUCCUUAUACCAUUACAAGAAUUAUCACAAAAAAGGAUAGAAACACAUUUAUUGGCAUUUGAAAUUUAUAUAAGAAAAGUAUCAAACAAUACAAAAAUCAAUGAAACAACAACGAAAGUUAUUGAGGCAGAAAAAUCAAGAAUAUUGCCAGAUAAUAGUGUUUCAUUAAUUCAAUUUAAUAAUGAAUUUUUGAAAAAAAAUAAAGGAUCAAUAGGACAUUUAUUAGCAGGAGUAGAGUCAUUAUUAAUUAUAAAUCCUGAGAAAAAACAAGAGGCUGAAGAUCUUUUAUUUAAAGUUUAUGAAGAUGAAUAUUUAAAUGAUAGAACAUUGAAAAAUUGUAUUUUGGUUUAUGAGGCAUUUAAAAAUACCUUUGAAUCUCCAAAAGCAAAAGAGUUUAAGAAAAAAUGCCAAGAAUGGUUUCCAAUCUCAACAUAUUUCAAAGAUUCUUAA